ACUUUUUUUCGCUGUUAUUGUCGUAAAAAAUUGACAAUCGAAAUUUAGUUUUUUCCCUUUUUACCCUUGAAAACUGUCUCUGUAAAUAGUAGGCUAGUUUAUAAGUUUCAUGAGCACUUUGCUUGAGCAUAUAUCAUUCCCUAUAAGUCUUUAAUCCUUCGAAAAUGUUUUCUGCUGGGAAAACACUUGUCGGUUCGCAAGCUGGGGCCAAAUCCCGCAAAUCCCGAUUGCAGACCAUUAGGCGCAUUUUGAAUACCAUAAGACUGAACAGCUGUCUUUAUUUCUUCAGCCUGGAAAAAGGAUGUAGGAUUAUAGCCACUUUUGAGGCGCUGGUGAGCGUGGUGCAGAUCUGCAGUUUUUAUCAUCUGGGCAACCAGUCAUCUGCAAGUGCUAUAUUUCCGGAUCCCUACUGGGUAACAAAAAUCGAUAGAGAUGGCAUAAUCAAACGGCUUUUUCUGUAUCGCACUAAUCCCAAUUUUCAAAUGGGUCUCGCUUUGGUUACUGUUCUCAACUCAAUGCUGCUUUUUAUAGGAAGCAAAUGGGGUCACCAAGUGUGCCUGUUUCUUUGGAUUUACAUUUCGCUCUUCACAACUCUUAUGACGAAUGUCAAUGAUACUAUGCGCAACAUAAAUGUGACGCAAGUAUUGUCGAUACUGCCAUCUUUAGCAACUACAACCUAUUUUUUGAUAGUGGUUGCAUCAUUGAUUUGCAAGUUCCAAACUCAAUCGGAUGAUUUUAACUCGGGUAUUACAGUGCUCUCCUCAGAGGACGAGGAACUGUAGGAUUUCAGAUAAAAUUAACUUUGUUUUUUUUUUGUUUUAAAAACCAUUUGGUUGAAUUAAAAAAAUAAAUGCCAACAGGUUUUUGAGUCGAUACACGUUGAAAUCAGAUUUAA